CUUCACACUACUCUCUCCCCAUUCACGCAUAACAACACUACACUACUCUAACCCCUACGCCACAUUCCGCCAAAAAUGCCGGUCAAGCGCAGCCGCGCCGGGAGAUCCACGGCCUACCUCGACUCCGCCGACGCCGCGCCGGGCAAGCUCACCAAAUCAGACGCCUCCGCCGAUGCGGAGCGCCCGAAGCUGCUCCACUUUGCUUCUCCGGUGAAUACCGUCGAAUGUGCCGCUGAUCGGACCAAAAUUGGCGGUUUCCUGGAGCGGUGCCACUAUUGCAACAAGCGGAUUGCUCAGAAUUCUGAUGUUUUCAUGUACAGCAACCUAUGUGCUUUCUGCUCUGUCGAAUGCCGUGAGUGUCAGAUUAAUCUCGACAAGUUGGCUGGGAAAAAGCCACAACAUUAGCAAAAGAAGUUGUUUGAAGGGCAUAACUGAAGUCGAAUGCUGAUCGUAUAUCACAUAUCAAAUACUACAAAUCAUAGAUGCAGGCUGUUGGUUUUUGAGGAACAGUUUGUGCUUCUGCAUAUAGGAUAGAAAUAGUAUACGUCAGUCGUCAUGUUAAUAGUUCUUAACUGCACUUAUAGUUCCAGUUCUUUUGCUUCUGUUGAUAUCAUAUUAUGAAAUUUUCUCUUUUUUUAUUGCUUUAGAAAAUUA